AUGUCGCAUGUCUUCAGCAGCCUCCCUCAUUCCCCCGUAGCCAAUUCUAACUCGUCUCCAUUGGCCCAUAGCAUGAUGGAUGAUGUGGAUGGCCCUGCGACUACAACGGCUGAUGCGCCCACGACGCGGCCUGUUACGAUCGAGCCUGCACUUGCCUUGGAACUUCGGUUGAGGUGGUUAGAGGCGAUCGUGUUGGGUGUUUCUAGGGAACGGAAAGGCAAAGGACGAGAAGGUGACCAGGAUGCGUUGGCUUCUCCGGCUUUGCACUCAAAGCAGGGAGAAACCCUCGUGAGGCUUGCGGAGAGCGUACAGCAGAGGUUGGACGCUGUUGUUGAAGGGAACGAAGGGCUCAGGAGGUUCAUGGAACAUUAUGACCGGAAUGCACACCUCCUCACGCCGUCGUUCGCGUUGUCUGGGAUACUGCCAGACCCACCGACGUAUGAGAACAUGACUCCUGAGGAGUUGGAGGCUUUCUUGGCCGAGAUGGAGCCUGACAUUCGUUCUGCGGACCGGGAUAUGAGAGAGAUUGAUAUGUUGGAGAAGAAAGGUGUAACCGGAGCUGGGAAGCUCACAGAUCACGAAACACUGCAGCCUCGUUUGGAUGCGUUGAUAGCUGCUCAUCACGAAGAUUUGGUGCUGGCUGCCUCCCUCGAGAAGCGGAUAGCAACGCUCAUGGAUCGGCACGCGACUUACGUGGACACUCUAUCUGAGCUCUUCGUUGCGUGGGAUGAUACAAUCUCUGGCGCAGAGGACACCUUUGGGAAGAUGGAACGUGAAACAGAAGAGCGCCGGCGGCUGGGGCUUGAAUGA